AUGCAGAAUCCCAAAACCCACAAAGCCGUGGCUUAUGACAAGCCGGGCGAGAUUUCCACUCGAAUUGUGCAGGUUGACACUCCCACUCCAGGACCUGGCCAAAUCCUGAUCAAGAUGACCCAUUCUGGCGUGUGCCAUUCCGACCUCAGUCUCAUGACCAAAACGCAUGUCUAUCAGUGGAGUUGGCUUCCGGAGCCCGUCAAGACUGGACAAAUUGGUGGUCACGAAGGUGUCGGCGUCGUCACCGAGUUGGGACCGUCAUCUGAGGCUUCAGGUGUCCAAGUUGGGGACCGCGUGGGCAUCAAGUGGAUUGCGUCUGCAUGUGGCAACUGCAUGCCUUGCUUAGCCGGGGCUGACGGUGUAUGCGUGAACGCAGAGGUAUCUGGAUAUACGUGCCCCGGUACAUUCCAGGAAUACGCCUUGGCUCCGGCUCACUAUGUGACGCCAAUUCCUGAUGGACUAGCCAGUGAUAUUGCGGCACCGCUUCUUUGCGGAGGUGUUACUGUUUAUUCGGCCCUCAAGAAGAGCAGAGCCCAGGCUGGAGAUUGGGUGGUUAUCGCUGGAGCCGGUGGUGGACUGGGCCAUCUUGGAGUGCAGCUAGGAGGCCGAGGGAUGGGAUUUCGAAUUAUUGGGUUGGAUAUGGGCUCUAAAGAGGAUUUCGUCAAGGAAUGUGGUGCCGAAGCCUUUGUCGACAUCUCGAAGUAUCCUACAGCUGAUGGCAAGGGCGCUGCUGAUCAAAUCUUGGAAAUUACCGGUGGCGCCGGUGCUGCGGCGGCUGUAAUUUGCAGCGCCAGUAACGCUGCUUAUGCUGAGGCCCUCUCUUAUCUGCGAUUCAACGGCACGCUUGUCUGUGUGGGGGUUCCAUAUGAUGCGAAGCCAAUCGCUGAGGCCUUCCCUCAUUUGAUGGUCGGCAAGCAAUUGGCCAUCGUUGGAAGCACCGUGGGCAACCGCCGAGAGGCAAUUGAAACCCUAGCUAUGGCCAAGCGGGUAGCCACUACUCCUUUCCGUCUUGAGAAGGUCCACAAUAUCAAUAAUGUGUUCAGAGAAAUGAAGGAUGGGAAGUUGCAGGGUCGGGUGGUGUUGGACCUACAAUCGUGGACUUAA